UACACAUGAUUUUAACAUAUAUUUGCAAAAAAUAAAACUGAAUAAAGAUGUGAGCGGAUGAGGCAAUUAUUUAACAAGAUCUGAAUUAUGCUAUCGCGUGUGCGUGGUGAAGCGAAGUUGACACUGCUGAUGUUAAUGGUGAUGCAUGUGGCCGCAAAGUCCUGUAUUCUUAUGUCACCGUUAACGCUGCAAUUGAUAUUAGAAUACGCGGAGUGGCGAUCUUGGGAUCAAGUAGUCCUCUUUGAUAAUGUCAGUCCGUUCAAUUGCGCCCUUGGUUACACCCGGCCGUUAAUCAAAUGCUUCGGCGAGAAAGGUAUUAGCGUGUCUCUGCAAUCGGCAACAAAUCCGAAUCUGCCAGAUGCUCUUACGAUUCGAACGCAUCGCAUCGGCUCGAUUGUACUCUUGGACGGACUUAAUCUGACAUCGCCUGAUAAUGUUAUCCAAGCGGCCUCUCAAAAAUUUCUGUUCAAUUAUUACAUUUCCUGGCUUAUGGUGACCACCAGAAACACCGACUCCACCAUCGACACUGUUCUCCGAGAUCUAAAUAUCGGUAUCGACAGCGACGUAGUCGUAGCUACUUCGCCGCUGAUGAAUGAUGCUGUCGCUUGGAAAUAUGCGCAGAAAUACCGAGACAAGAUAUGUCGAUCUCUUCGGCAAUACGGCGAUCGUUUCGAGUUCACGGGACCACCGGAACGACGUAACAUCGAAAAUGCUACAAUCAAUCUGAGCUACGCCACUUUGGAGAACCGCUCGGUGUCUUUCUACUUGAUGCACACUUAUAAGAUACGUCAUUCUGAUAAUACGAGUCUCAUCGUGCGGUACCUCGGUUUCUGGAACCCUGGAUCUCACACCCUCAAGUUUCCCAUGGGCGUGAAGCUGAGAAGCGACUUUAAUGGUCUACCCAUUGUUUUUGGUGUGCUAAACGGCACCACUGAUGGUCAGACGGACGUUAUCGAAACCGAGGCAAGUGACAUCGCGCCACUUGUGGACUUUGCAACUAUUGUUACCAAUAGCGUGAACGCCAGCAUCGAGCUGGUGCCACACGAAAAACUCGGUACAUUAACAAAUAAAGUGUGGAGCCACCUUCUCGGCGAUGUUGUAACAGGUACCGUUGACAUUGGUUUGGGAUACAUAACGUCGAACGACGAGGAACGUUGGGCAGAAAUGACGUUUAGUCAUCCACUAAUACGUUAUAUGAGGAAUAUUUAUUAUCAUCCAUUAGAGACUGGCACAAUGAGGGAUAUAUUUUUGCAACCGUUCGAUAACCGAUUGCUCGGCUGCGUCGCGGCGACUUAUGUCAUCAUGUUAAUCGCGAUGGCAACAGUAAUUUAUGCCGCCAAAACAGUACUGCAUGACGAGGACGAGAAACAUACUGGCAUCGGAGAGGCUGCGCUUUGGUGUUUGAGUAUUAUGUGCAUGCAAGGAUCGCCCUGGACGCCUCGUAACCCGUCCGGAAAAACUCUACUGUUAUUUAGUUUGAUAUUUUCCCUUGUAAUGUAUAACGCCUAUGCCGGCUUCAUCACUUCUAUUCUGUCGGUGCAAGCAACUGGUAUCAGAUCGAUUAACGAUCUUCUCUUUAACAACUUCAAGCUAGGAUACAGUAUCGCCGACGAUGCAUACAUAAGAAAUGCGAACGACAGUAAUCUCCGUCAAUUGUACAUAAAAGCGUUCAACAAUCGCGAAUCCCGCUUGGAAACAACGACAGGUCUUAUGAAAGCUGUCAAAGGGCGAUACGGAUUUUUUGUCAGCGCGACUAUCGCACGACGAGCUCUCCAAACGACUUUUAUACAAGAGCGAUGCACUUUAAAGGAGCUUCUACUUCCGCAGACGCUUACAGUCGUCGCUCUUCCGAUGGCCAAAAGCUGCCCGUACAGAAAGAUCAUCAAUCUCAAUAUAUUACGCAUAUACGAAAGCGGCGUCCUGGAUAAAAUACAAGAACGGAUGUUGCCGACGAUGCCGCGAUGCGCAGCGUCGGCGGCUUUUCACAGUGCGAGACUCGCCGACGUUUAUUCCGCGUUCUUUCUCCUGGUGGCGGGUUUGCUCACGGCGAUCUCCAUCGGCAUCAUCGAGAGGAUAUGGAAUAAACGUAGGCAGAUGCAAGAGACCAUCAUGCGCGGUAUACGCCAGCAUCAUCUGAUACCGCAUAUCCAUUUUCAUCAUCAUCAUCACGAUCGCGCCAACGAUCAUCAGAACGCCGCUCCUCCGGCCGGUGGAUUGCGCGGCUACGAUCCCGCUUACCUGACCAUCCUGCAGGACCACGCUCGCCAGGUGCAAUCAUUCGUUGGUCUUCAGGACCACGAUGCUUUGCCUUUCGAGAAGUCGAGGGGUGCGGAACCGCGUUUUCAGGUGCGGCGAAGAUCAGCAGGUCUCAAGAGAGCGUCCUGGGCUUCCUUCUCAGGUUUAUCCAAGAAGAAGAUGAGAGAGAAAAUCACACCGUCUUCAAACGCGGAGAUCAACCGAGUUUUUCCAUUCCACGAUUAAAUGCUGUUCCGUAAUCUUAAACCCUUUUUAAUCGGGAUUUUUUAUGCGGGAUAUUCUAGUCACUAAUCAUGGAAAUACUUUACGCAAUUGUGCGACGACGUCUGUCAUAUUUCUAGGUAAUUUUUCAGUUUUACAAUGUACACAUUAUGUUAGACAUGUUCGCAAGAUUUAAUAUAAUCGUGUAAUUAAGAUUCAAAUAGUCACUAAAAAUGUCAUUAUGCUAAACAGCAAUGUGUGUAUAAUAUAUUUUGAUAAUAUUUUUUACAUAAUCAAAAAUACA